CACCUUAAAGUUGGUUGCCACCCGCAAUUAAACAAGUAGAAGAAAAGAUUUGCUGCGGUGGUUGAUGGGAUUGCUGUACCGCUAGUGUAGGCAUGUCCACCAUGUUUUCCUCGGAGCAUGGAGUAGAGUAAGACGGAGAAACCGCCUCUAUGUCCCGUAAACCCGCACCCUGACGACGACUCCUGCCGGUAAUUGGCGCAACGGACAUCGAUGAGCUCUGCCGCGACGAACACAUUUGGGUGCGGAGCCGAUCCUCGUCGGUAUUGGUGCGGGUUUGUGGCGGGAUUCGCCGUUCUCUCGAUUUGUCUCUGAUCUGGUACAAACAAUGAGUAAACUCUCGUUCCGGGCGCGAGCGCUAGACGCCGCCAAACCGCUCUCGGUUUACCGCAACAGAGACCUGCCGGACCUGACUGACUGCGUGUCAAUAAACCGGUCCGUGCCACAGAUGCCCACGGGGAUGGAGAAAGAAGAAGAGCUGGAGCACCACCUGCAGAGGGCAAUUUCAGUCCAGCAGGUGUUCAGGGAGAAGAAGGAGAACAUGGUGAUCCCCGUACCCAAAGCAGAGAGUCACACCACCUACUAUGACCGUCUGUACAAAGGAGAGAUCAAAGUUCCCAAACAGCUCAUUCACAUACAGUCUCUGGGUCUGGACUUGGAGCAGCCAGACUAUGACAUGGACUCAGAGGAUGAGACAUUGCUCAACAGACUCAACAGAAAGAUGGAAAUUAAAUCUCUGCAGUUUGAGACCAUGGUGGAUCGACUGGAGAAGGCCAGCACACAGCAGCCUGUCUCGCUCUCGGAGGCAAAGCUGCUGCUGAAUGAGGACGACUACUUGCUUAAGUCGGUGUAUGAUUACUGGCUAAGGAAGAGGAAGAACUGCCGGGGUCCGUCACUGAUUCCUCAUGUCAAACAGGAGAAGAGAGACGGAUCCACCAACAGUGACGCCUAUGUAGCCUUCAGACGGCGGACUGAGAAGAUGCAGACCAGGAAGAAUCGAAAGAACGAUGAGGCAUCAUACGAGAAAAUGCUGCGACUGAGGAGAGAGUUCAGUCGGACUGUCGCCAUCCUGGAGAUGAUCAAGAGGAGAGAAAAGCUGAAGAGAGAACUGCUUCACCUCACCCUAGAGGUGGUGGAGAAGAGGUAUGAGAUCGGAGACUUCAAUGGAGAGAUCCUCAGAGAGGUUUCAGUCCAUCGGGUGGAGAAGCCCGUGUACAGUGCUCUAGUCACUCUGAACAACGGGAACAGACACACAACUGACAUCAAGGUCAAGAUGCACAAGAAUCAGGGGUUUUUUAGAGACGACCUGAUCAGAGCAAAGAACAUCAUCAGACAGGACAGACUGUAUCCUUCACAGCGACUUCCUGUUCGACCCCCCAGCCCCUGCAUCGUCAACAAGGCCGACAUCAAACAGUACGACUUCCACAGCUCAGGAGAGGAUGACUGUUCAGUGCCACCACUGUCUCCACCGUCUUCCCUUGAUGAGGAAAAUAAUCCAGAUGGUGUUUUUGCCUUCAGGAGAAAAGCUGAAUGUCAAUAUCUCUCUCCUCGUAUGGAGCAGACAGGUGGAGACGAUGAUCCUGAGCUUCUCCCCCUGUGUCUCCGCCACUCUUUGACUGAACUGUCUGGGCCUCCUCGUUGGAUAGGACUGAGCCGGCGCAGGAUAGGACGAGGGGGCAGGAUCAUUUUGGACCGUGCCUCCUCAGGCCUGGACCCAGUAUUGAAUCAGCUGGACUCUUUAACACAUCCAGUCUUCAGGACCAGAACCAGUACCUGUGUCCACCUGGGUCACCCAGUAACACUGGAGCAGAAUCCCCCCCUGACCACAGGAACCACCCUGCACUCCCUGCCUGAAGUUCUGAACAACAUCCAGAACCUGAGGAAAUUUUAUUUCAGACCCAGACUGGUGGAGGACCACAGGGAGGGGGGCAGCAGGUCCACAGUGGAAGACCACAGACUCACAUGUCACCUGUCACCUGACAGGAACUGUGAAUCAUCAGGGGGAAUUACAGAGGAGCAGUACCAGAGUCAUCAACAGCAGCUGGUCCAGAUGCAGAAACAACAGCUGCAACAGCAGAACGCUGUUUCAAGCAGACACACAGCACUGCACAGAACACAGUCCACCAGGUCAGGCGAAUCCGGUUCAAAGACUCUGGAUUCAGCCAGCGCUCAGUUUGCCGCCUUGGCUGUGAUCAGUGCUCCUGCAACUCCUCGUGGUUACAUGAACAGUGAAAACAAACCCCGCAAGAGCCACAUCAACGGAGUUCAUCCUUCAGAUCCCUCCAGGCUUCCAUACUCCUCCACUUCUCUUAGCAUUUCAGGACUGUCAGCUCAGGGGUCAUGGUCCUCCUCGCCUCAGUCCCUCCCCAACCUGAGCAGCCAAAUGGGAGCCGUCUCCCUUGCCCACCCCCACACUGCUCGACCCUUUGCUCCCCCAACAUCUGCCUUAAAGCUUGCCGGUGUUGCCGCCAGCCGUGACCGAGUGCACAAAGUCUCCACCGUCAGGUCAGCAUUACCUACACACCUGUCCAGAGACCUGAACGAGCCGGAGAGACUCCUGAACGGGCUGUCGGAGACCACGCUGCCCAUGGAGGUCAUAUAACAUCAUAUCCCAUUAGCCCCUGCUGCUCCUCUGACCAGUGAAUGUGACACGCUGUACCCUCCAGAACGAGGAGGUGGUGUGAUUUUACUGCGCUUGGAUAUUAAUGAUUGUUAUUGCUGUUAUUAUUGUAAUAAUUGUUGUACAGUUUGUAAAUGUCUCUGAUGUAAAGUAGAUUUUUUCAUCACUUUAGUUUCUGAAACAGAUCAAUUGAUGCAGAAUCAACUCUGAUUGGUCCACAAGAUGUCCUGUAUCCUUGCUCUGAAUUAUUUAUCUCAUGUUUACAUUUUUUAUUUCUUAAAAAAUCUAAAGUUUUUUCCCCAAAGAUGGAGAACAGAUUUAAUUUGGUUUCAAAAACUGAAACAAGGCCGGUUUGGAUUUAACCUAAAUAUUUGGUAAAGAUUCCUUCUAUGUCCUUCUGAUCACUGAAACUCAUUAAAAUAAAAAAAAAUGCUUUUGUAGGAGAGGUGUACUUUUAAAGCCAGGAGGUGAAAUGAGAUACUGAUCAGGCCAAUGUGAAGCUUUGAAAGGGUUUUGCUCUUUACAUUUUCAGACUCGAUGUGAUGUCGACCGGUUCUCUCGCUCUGUUUUUGCUUUGGGUAAAAACGCUGAGAAAUAAAAAAGACAUCGACCGUGCCACUU